AUGCCUCCUGCAAAUGGUUAUGAACGUCUCAAUAGGUCCACUUUACGUGUCUUAACUAAAGCAAUGGACCUCGACCCUUCAGCCGAUCUGGAAAGUACUCUGAAACGGAUUUAUACGACGUAUCCGAAGCUUCGAGUAAACGAAGAUGAUCGAGAUAAACGGCGUCGAGAAAAUGAAGGAAAGCUUCUGACUCCGCCUCCUCCCGUACUCCCAAUGUCCUCGAGAGCCUCACCACUACCCGCCUACAUUCCUGAACUCGGUACAUCUUCACAAAUUAUAUAUCCUCUGGAUGCGACAGUGCUGUCCUACCUCUCUCUUACGGGCCCUAGUGAAGAAGACUCCCCUAUUGCAUCACGUGUGGCAAAAUCACUCCUGACAACGCUCAACGCCCAAGAACCGCUAGUCAUGAAUGGUUCGACACAAAUACUGUCGCUUGGUGUUGACGUUCUGGUAAAGGCGAGUCAUAUGUCUUGA